GUCAACAAACGCUGCGGUAAACGACCGAAGAAAAUCCAGCUUCAGUAUCAGGAAAAGAAAGGGAAUAAUAGAGGACUGCAGCUGCAUAGUCACUGUAGAGCGAUGUAACUGAAAACCAGCUUGAAAUAAUAACGCAACUUUUAGGAAAGAAGAAUGAAGCCAACAUGCACUUGAAACAGUGCAAAUAUCUUACCGAAGCGUAUUACCGAAAAACAGUAUUGAAAAAGAGCUAUGCUAAGCCUUCUUAAAUUCCACCGCGCACGUAAAAAUAACAGUUUUGUUUUGGAGGAGAAAGAUACGUUAAGAUCCAAGGAUAUAUUUGGAGGGGGGAAUGAAUGGCUCACCUGAAAAUGGAACCAUAUUCUCAAAUUGUCAGUCUGCCUGCCGGUGACAAAAACCUUUCCAAACUCCCAUCACUGGGGCUUAGAGGGCAGCACACAUCUAAGCCUCUGUCUAAACUUGAACUGAUGAAAAACAAUUUACAACAGAAACAAUUUGAACAAAAGGAACAAAAACUGUCUGCUUUGUACAACCAACAACAGCAAGCUGCUCUUUGGAAAGUGAGAAACACUUUCCAAUCUCAAACUCAUUCUGCAGCACACAGGAGAGUAAGUAACCAACCGGGUGCUACCCAGCACAGGGGCUACAAUUCUGCAGGGGCUAGAUACAACCCUUCAAACGUGUUUGGGCAGGAACCUGCUUCCACUACACCUUCCAAGAAAACUGCUGGGGUGGACAGAGCUUACCCGCUAAAACCAGUUUACUACAGGAAAGCCAUUAGUCUCAAUGACGUAUUCAGAGCGGGAGAUGCCAAGUCCCAGAAGCCUAUGGAGCCAACAAGAAAUUCACCAUUCAAGCCUUCUCCACCUGCAGAUGCUUGUGUAAGAUCCAAUCCGAGGACUGGAAGGUAUUCUGAAAUCCAUAACCUUGAGUAUAUGACACCGCCCCCAGCUACUGUUAACCAGUCGAGAGGGAGGACCACCAGGUCAAAGACAGGAGGGCAACGGCGUUUACAGGGAGAGAAAAGCAGCCCAGAUAAGGAAGAGUGGUAUCUUCAGGAAGAGAUCAGAAAGAGAGAGGCUCUCCUCCGAGAGAAGCUCAGGAGAACAGAAGAAGCUCUGAAGAGGAUUCAGAGGGAGAAGGAGCUUGGGGAGGAAAGGAAACAAAGAGAAAAGCAGGGCCAAAGAGGAAGAGCACAAGUAAAAUACCGUUCAGCCUAUUCAACAGGAGAUGAGUCUAGCAGCAGCAGUGACAAUGCUCUUAGAGGCCCUUACAUAGUCUCAGAAGGGUCUGAUGAUGAGGAGCGGAUGAUCAACACAAGAAGAAAAAUCCAAGUUAAUCAACGGAAAGCAAAAAACACUGCCCAUGUCUCGUACCCAGUUGAAAAUAACAGUCACAUGAGACCACACUCUCACUCCAAUGAGUCCCGCUCCGAAAAACUUAAAAGAGUCUCUAGCAAUUACAUAUUAAGAGAAAUCAAUGAGUCUCCCAACCAUUAUAGCACAUAUGUUAAACAGCAAGGCAAACACUUAAUUGAAGAAAACGUCUCUUAUCAUAACAUGUCAGUUCCAGAAACUAGCUUUGCAAAUCAUAUUGAACAUUUUAAGGAAGAACCACCAACAGAAAAUGCUGAUUUAGCCACAAACAGUAGUAGGCACUCUAAUCUUUAUGAAGAACAACAAAAUGAGGAUGGCAAGCAUGAUGCAAAUUUCCAGCUGGUAGUCUGUAUAUCCUGUAACCGAAAAUUUGCUGCAGACAGACUGGAAAGGCACAGCAAGAUCUGUGAAAAGGUGCAGAAUUCAACAAGGAAAGUUUUUGAUUCCACCAAGCACAGAGCCAAGGGGACCGACCUGGAGCAAUAUAUCAACAGAAGGAGCAAAAAUACUUCACCCCAGCCAAAGAAGAACACCUGGAGACAUAAGCACGAAACGUUUAUUCGUAACAUUCAGCAAGCCAGACUGGUGCAGGAAGUGAUUGCUAAAGGUGGGAAAGCAUCUGACCUGCCUCCACCACUGCCUGAUGAGAACCCAGACUAUGUUUCCUGCCCACACUGCGCUCGUCGUUUUGCCCCAAGGGUAGCAGAGAGACACAUUCCAAAAUGUGAGAAUAUCAAGAGCAGACCACCUCCACCGAGAAAAAAAUGAUAACAUUGAAGAGAAACCAGAGGACUAUUCACGGGGGGUGGGGGGGGUUAACUAUAUAUUUAAAGUUAACUAUAUAUUUUAUACAGUUGUCACCGUAUACAAUCUAAUUUUAGAGAAGUAAUCAAGUGUUUGUUUGUUUGUUUGUUUGUUAUGACCAGAGCAUCAUGAUGACAAGCCACAGAUCUCAAGAAGGCUAUUUUUACUCCAAUUAUUAAACAAAAGCAUUUCAUAUGCGAUUAUACUUUUAUGAAAAGUUACUGAUGAGUUUUCAAAUACAUUUACAGGUACUCCAAAAGUUGUGCAACAUAGGGAUUGUUACUUUUAGUGUACACAAUUCCCAAAUUGUUGUUCAGCAGAACAAACGGAACACAAUCCAGACAAAGUGGAACAUUUAGCAAAAUAAGUCUGUUUCUGUCGGCUAUCACAGAAUCAUGCCUUUAGUUGUCCAACUUUUGGCCAACCCUUUAAUAAAACUAUGAUGUGGUGCUAAAUUAAUUACUGUAAAAUAACAAUAAAACAAAAUGCUUUUAAAAGUUGAAUUUAUUUACACCACACACACAAUCAAAGACAGUGCUUUACACAACAGUGUAUUGUGUAUAAGCAAAGAUGCAGUACUUAAGGCUUGACCUUGUAAUUACAUGCCCACUAAAAACAAAAACCAAAGAAAUACUCAGCAAAUACACAAGAAAAUUACAUUUAUAAACACUGCUAACCCCUCAGUCCAGGAGAAGUUGUAAAAAUCACAUGUUUUUAAAGCAUGCAAAAGGCACAAGAUAAAAUAAAAUAGUUAAAAGCAGAAAGAAAAGAAAUCAUGGCAUUACCAAGUUAUUUUGGAACUUAAAGGCAGAGAAGUACAUGCAUACAGUUCCCUUCAACUAUUUGGAUAUGCAGAAAUGCAUGAAACUUUGUUAAAUAACUAAUUACUGUGCCUGAAUUUCAAAACAACAAGAAAAUGUAAUAUGUUUUUACGUGUUCUUAAAUAUCACUCUUUAUUAAGGCACUUCUACUUUGGGUUUGGCAAACACAUAUAGUAUUAUUUAUGUGAAAAUAUAUAUCUAAAAAAGAUGACACUUAAAUAUUGGGAUGUAGCAAAAUUUAAAAAAAAAAAAAAACUUUCAAGUUUGACCUAAAACUAAUGUCAUGUUAAACUAAUUAAUAGUAAGAGAAACAAAUGAAUACACACCAGAACUCAAUCCCCAUACUUGCUUUACACGAUCAUGUAGUCCUUUAGCAUGGUAAUACUUUUCAAUAACAAUCUGUUCAAAACAGUAACGAUUGCAGGUGUCUGGAAAAAGUGACAAUGCUUUUUUUUUUUUUUUUUUUUUUUUUUUUAGUUUUGUAAAAACAUUCUCAGAGAAUUAUUUAUGAAAAAUGAUACCAACCACCAUGAUCCAUAGGCCUUCCAAAACAGUAGAUCUCUUACAGUUACUUUCACCAUUUAUUGUAUUUCAUAGUUUAGGCCACAAACUAUGAAAUACAGUAUAUUUAUUAAUAUGCACUCUACAUUCAGUCGUAUUUCAAGAUUAAUAAGGCAACUGGGAACAAUGACUAUUUCAACACUAUAUAUCAGUAGUCCAGUUAGCCUGCCAUUUCUCUUGCACACACAUUUUAUGUCUAGGUUACUAUACCGAUUAUACUCUGGACUGUUCAGUCUUUUACUGCUUUUCACCAUCUUCUCAAAAUACCACUUAUUCAAUCUUGAUUUGUAAAUUCCUAUUUAUAUAUCUUUUUGUAUUUUCUUUAUAAUAAUUUUGUAUAUUCAAUAUUGUAUAUAUG